AUGCCGCCGAUCCGCAGCGCACGAACUCGCAAGGCCCCCCCAGAUGGCUUCGACGAUAUCGAAGAUACCCUCCUUGAAUUCAGCAAUAAGAUGAAAGAUGCCGAAAACGCCUCUCACGAAGGCAAGAAGAGACACGAGGUAUUAUGGCCUAUAUUCCAAAUCAGCCACCAGCGGUCUCGGUAUAUAUACGACUUAUACUAUGAGAAAGAAGCGAUAUCAAAAAAGCUGUAUGACUGGCUACUCAAAAACGGCUACGCGGAUGCCAACCUGAUAGCUAAAUGGAAGAAACAGGGCUAUGAAAAGCUGUGUUGUCUACGAUGCAUUCAGACAAAGGAAACUAAUUUCAACGCUACUUGUAUAUGUCGUGUUCCGAAGGCGCAGCUGAAGGAAGACCAGGGAAUACAGUGUGUGAGCUGCGGUUGUCGCGGUUGCAGUAGUAGUGAUUGA